CCAGCGCAUUCAAAGGUGUGUGCAGCUGAGCCGUGCAGACGUGUGUUGUUGACGAGCACAGUGAGACGAGCAAUUGGAGAUAGAAUUUGGUGAUCUGCGAUGUUAUCUUCGAAGGAAAUUCUUAAGAAAGCGCAAAAAGGUUUGCUCUUUGCUACCCCUGACUAUGGCUGCUUCGUUAAUGUCCGUUAUAAAGAUCCUAGUAAAUUUCCUGAGUUGAAAAAUGGUGUUAUCGCCCUAUGCAGAGAAUUGUUGAACCACGCUGAUGUAUUUGAUGAGACACACCCAGAAGCUCGCACUCGUAUUAUCGUAGGUUUUAAUCCAGAGCAUUGGAAAUACUGGUUUCCGGAAAUCAGCCACCUAGAGCAACGUCCUCAGGAAUAUCUCAUUGAUACUUCAACCAAGUUUCUUCAGACUGGUGGUGACGUAUUCUUCUUCAUUAAGUCCGAAGACAAAAGCAAUGUCGAUCAAAUUGGCGAACUCCUGCGUAAAGGACUGGAGAAACUUGAGCAGCCCGCUGAUUUUUCGUAUUCAUCGCCUUCUGGAAAACGGAUCUUGCAAAGAAGUUUUAAAGAUGGUCUUGUCAAUGCCGCCGACGCUGAAACACUCUGCUCCUACACUAUCAUUCCUGACAACAUGAAAACUGGAAAACCGGGAUCCUGUUACAUGAUGACACAGAAGUUUGAGGUUGAUUGGUUAGUUCUCGGAAAUAUGUGGAAUUCUGAGAAAGAAGAUAUGAUUGGUAGACGCGUGAUGACCGAUUGCUUUAUUCCUAAUGUAAACGAACGCGCUCACACAUUCCGAGCGCAUUUUAAUCCUGAAAAGUCACCUCAAAACAUGCUGAAUAAGCACCGAAUCAUGUUCCGACAAUCACUCCCAUAUGGCACGUCUUCAACAGGAAAAGGAAGAGAAGAGGGAAUUUUUUAUCUUUCAUUUGCCAACACAACUAAUUCCUUCAGGGACAUAUUAGAAAGUCUUGUUGGAAAUGAUAAAGUUGCUGGUGCUGGCGAGGUUACUGUCGAUCUUCUGCUGAAUACUGUCAAGCCUUUGGAAGGAACAUGGUGGUAUGUCCCAUCAGCUGAAGAACUUGGCGUGAAUAUUGCCUCGAGCGGGAAUUUUGAAGUAAACGAAUACUGGAACGUCAGCAAUCCAAGUAAUCCAUAUCUGUUCUACAAUGAGAAGGAAUAUUUGUACCGAAUGACCUCUGGAAGUUAUGUGGAUUCAUCCGAGACUCCAUCUUCUCGUGUCUUACGUCUUCUUGGGUAUUCUUUCCGUCAAUGGAAUGACCAGUGGUUUCGAGAACGAGACGUUCCACCAAUAAAGCAUCUCGCGAACUACUUGAUACCGCGUAAAGUAGAGAAAGUCAUGAAUCAGUCCGUUCUCCUCCGUAAAGCAAGAUCAAUCAAAAUCUGUUUGUCGAAGGUUUUUACCAGUCAUUUUGUAGCGGAUAUGGAUAACAGUGAAUUCUACGGCAACAAGGCUGAUUUGUUCAAUAUUCAUCCUGAUGAAAUUAUCGUCGGACGAAUGCCAAAUUUUGGUCUUGGUAUCGGGAAGGUUGCAAUGCCGUAUCUCAAAGAGGGCAACGAAAGAAUGGAUGCGUUCAUGAAAGGUCUUAGUGAGAAAGCAGCCACUGGCCAUGUUAUUCCGAACAUUGAGACCAUUCUGCAGAAAGGCGUAACCGGAUAUAUCUUAGAGUUGACGAGCAAAAUUGCAACAGGCGCUGGUGAGAAGGAAUUCAUUGUCGCUUGCAUCAAAUCCCUCAAAGGUGUCAGAAGUUAUCUCUGGAAUUAUGGAGCCCUCGCACGCCACCUCGCAGAGUCGCAGCCAGAGAAACAAAACUCGCGAGAAUAUCCAUUUACCGAUGCCCAGAGGGAAAAUCUCAAACGAAUAGCUGCACGCAUGGAACGCCUUUCCAAACACAAACCGGAAAGUUUUGUCGAAGCAGCCCAACUUGCUUUCACAGUCCACUGUUGCCUUCACUUGAUUGGUGACCCCACUUCCAUUGGAAGACUUGACCAGAUAUUGGAGCCAUUUCUUGGUUCAACGCCCGAAGAUGAAGCACAAGAAAUUAUCGAUUGCUUCUUCGUAAAACUGGGAGAACGCGUCAAAGUGAACAAGACCAAAAUAGUGGAUAGAAACACGUGGGGAACAUGCGCAGUUCCAUACAGAAGUGAUGGCCUGUUUCCAAAUGGUGAUUCCAUAAACCAGUGGGUGCAACAAUUGACGGUUGGUGGUUAUAAGAAUACAACCACAGGCAAGGUGAGCGCGUGUAAUAAAGUUACCAUGAUGUGUCUGAAAGCUGCGAGACGUCUACCUCUGAAUGCUCCAUGUGUCAGUCUCCGAGUGCAUCAUGGUAUUGAGCAGGAGUAUCUGGAAGAAGCAGCCAAAGCAAUGUUGAGCGGUGGUGCGCAUCCAAUAAUUCUUCACGACGAUCGUCUUAUAGAAGGUCUCACAGAUGUCAUGGCCGAAUUCAAGGAGAACGCCUCCGAAGAUGAUUUCAAUAAUCUCACUAAUAUUGCCUGUGAUGGUUGUUACGAACCGCUGGUCGCUGGUGCCACGGAGUUUGCCUUCACCUAUAUUCCUUUGCUGCAAGUCCUCGAAAUGGCUAUCAACGAAGGAGCUACCUACUCUAGUGCUGGUCCUGCCUAUCUUAAUGGAACCCCCCAAUCAUUGCCAACUAAACCUGCGGCAAAUAUUGAAACAUUUGAAGAAGUUAAAGAGUUAUUUAGGCAGCAUAUCGAAAUCAAAACACAACAAGGACUGGUUGGUCUCCUGAGUAACUAUGGCAAUAUAUCAUCUGUAUGUCCCAGUCCCUUGCUAUCCAGUAUAAUUGACGGCUGCGUGGAAUCAGGACAUGACAUCACUGAUGGUGGCGCUAAAUAUAAGAUGAUUGCAGUGAUGUACAUCUCUUUCUCAAGCACCGUUGAUUCACUUUAUGCCAUUCAGCGUCUGUGCUUUGAUCAAGAUAAUGCUAUGAUUUCUUUGGCGGACAUGGUCGAGUGUCUGAAAAACGACUGGGGUUUUGACAUCCAUGAGCCAACAUACGACAGGGUUGCUGGUGAAGUGCGAAAGAACAGAAAAGCUGAGUUCUACAAACAAGUCCGAGAACAAGCAUUGAAGUUUCCUAAGUUUGGCACGGCAGAAGCAAUUGGAAAUCUCAAGAUCGCCGAGAUCGCUACUUUCCUCGCGGAUUGCGUGGCUAAUAGCAUCAGGAAAGUGGCUAAACACGAAGGUUCGCCACUGUACAACCUCCUUGCUUCUUUGAAAGAAAAAUACACCAGACCUGGCAACGAUUUUGAUCUCUUAUUGAUUCCCGGAAGUGGAACAUUCGAAGGCUACAUUGGCUGGGGUAUGUCUUGCGGUGCAUCAGCUGAUGGUCGAAGAAGAGGUGAACCCCUUGGAAGUGAUUUGAGUGCGGCACCCAUUCCACAGGAUCUGCCACCAAAUCUCGUGAAGAAUACAGCAUUAAUAAAAGCAAUGAAAAGCUGGAAUAUGCGGGAUCUAAAUAUUGGUGUGGCUAAUGGCGCUGAAAUUGACCUGGCUAUAUCGGAAGACUUUAGUAAGAGUGACCUGGUGGCGUUCUUGAGGAAAUAUGCAGAUGAGGUUGACGACAUUGGAGGAAAUAUUCUAACCGUCACCUGUGCAGAUCCAGAGACGUACAGUGCUGCAGUUACAGAUCCAGAGAAAUACAACCUGUUGCGGGUUCGCGAGGGAGGCUGGAGCGAGUUCUUUAUCACGUUCUUCAAAUCACAUCAGGAACAACACAGAAGACGAGUGCGUUAUUACUAUGACUCUUAAAGUCGUGUUUAUGACAUUUCUUUUCUAGCAUUAAAAAAGACUUGCUAACUGGGUUUAGUUUAGAUUGGUGUUUAUUAUUCUCAUUAUAAUAAAGUAGUUGAUGUAUUAGGACGAUUUGCAUGGGAUGACGAGUGUUAUUAGAUGUUGUAUUUACCCCUUACUUUCAGUACGUUAUAUACAAUACAAUGAUUCUUGUAGAAAUAGUGCAUUAAUAUGAAAUAAAGCAG